CGCUUGUCAAAGCGAAACGCCACACCAGUUCCCGGAUUUCGAGCCGUGUGCUUUGCUCCGCCGUCAUCGUCGUCGUAUUCCAACGCAAACCGUGAAGAAGGAACGCGGUCUGUGCGGUUCUUCGUUCUCCCGUAGUCCUCCGGGUAGUUCAGUGAUAGUGUGCGUGUGUGUGUGUGGUUUUGUUCGGAAUUUUCUACCUAUUUUUCGCAAGGUGUAAGUUUGCGAUCCUAACCAGAAGCGAACCGGCAGCAACAUGUAUCACCUGAAGACGAUCGCCAAGAAUGCCACCAUCAAGCAGGAGGUGGCCACACUGGUAAAGGCCGUUGCGGCCGUCCAGCAGCCGAUGAUGGUGAACCAGCAGCAGCCGAAGCGCACGUACGCCGAGCACCAGAUCCCGGAGCGCCUGAAGGAUGUGUCGACCGCGGCCAACCCGCGCUUCUUCGACAUGGUGGAGUACUUCUUCCACCGGGCUUGCCAGAUCUGCGAAGACAAGCUGGUCGAGGACAUGAAGGGCCGUGCCUCGAUGGACGAGAAGAAGAAGAAGGUGAAGGGUAUUUUGAUGCUGAUGCAGCCGUGCGAUCAUAUCAUCGAGAUUGCAUUUCCGCUGCGACGCGAUUCCGGCGACUACGAAAUGAUCACCGGCUACCGUGCCCAGCACUGCACUCACCGCACACCAACCAAGGGCGGUAUUCGUUUCUCGCUGGAUGUGUCACGCGAUGAAGUGAAAGCCCUGUCCGCUCUGAUGACGUUCAAGUGCGCCUGUGUGGAUGUACCGUUCGGUGGCGCAAAGGCCGGUGUCAAGAUCGAUCCACGCAAAUACUCCGAACAUGAGCUGGAGAAGAUCACCCGCCGUUUCGCACUGGAACUGUCAAAGAAGGGCUUCAUUGGCCCGGGCAUCGAUGUGCCGGCCCCGGACAUGGGAACGGGUGAGCGUGAGAUGUCGUGGAUUGCCGAUACGUACGCCAAGACGAUCGGUCACCUGGACAUUAAUGCGCAUGCCUGUGUCACUGGCAAACCGAUCAAUCAGGGCGGUAUUCACGGACGUGUAUCGGCCACGGGUCGCGGUGUGUUCCACGGACUGGACAACUUCAUCAAGGAAGCGAACUACAUGGCCCAGAUCGGUACGACACCCGGCUGGGGUGGCAAGACCUUCAUCGUGCAGGGCUUCGGUAAUGUCGGUCUGCACUCGUGCCGUUAUUUGACGCGUGCCGGUGCCACCUGCAUCGGUGUCAUUGAGCACGACGGUUCGAUCUUCAACCCGCAAGGUAUCGAUCCGAAGACGCUGGAAGACUACAAGAACGAAAAGGGUACGAUCGUUGGCUUCCCCGGUGCUCAGCCGUACGAGGGUGAAAACCUGAUGUACGAACAGUGCGAUAUCUUCAUUCCGGCUGCCGUCGAGAAGGUGAUCACUGCUGACAAUGCUGGCCGAAUCAAUGCCAAGAUCAUUGCUGAAGCUGCCAACGGACCGACCACGCCUGCCGCCGACAAGAUCCUGAUCGAUCGCAACAUCCUCGUGAUUCCGGAUCUGUACAUCAACGCCGGUGGUGUGACAGUGUCAUUCUUCGAAUGGCUCAAGAACCUGAACCACGUCUCGUACGGUCGUUUGACGUUCAAGUACGAGCGUGAAUCGAACUACCAUCUGCUCGCCUCCAUUCAGCAAUCGUUGGAACGAUUCGUAUUUAGCGACGAAGAGAAAUCUGUGCAAGCCUCGCUGGAACGUCGCUUCGGUAACGUCGGUGGCAAGAUCCCGGUAACGCCUUCGGAAGCAUUCCAAAAGCGCAUCUCGGGUGCCUCGGAGAAGGACAUCGUGCACUCCGGUUUGGAUUACACAAUGGAGCGUUCGGCACGCGCCAUCAUGAAGACGGCCAUGAAGUACAAUCUGGGCCUGGAUCUGCGUUCCGCCGCCUACGUCAACUCGAUCGAGAAGAUCUUCCAGACGUACCGUGACGCUGGCCUCGCUUUCUAAGCCAUUCUUCCCGCCUGUCUUACCGUGUGUCACCAAUGUAAAUGGAGAGCACAGAGAAGAGCCACACAAAAACAAAAAACAUUCCACACGAUCGCAAAAAAUCGUCUUAAGACAAAUCGGCUCCAGCCAGUAGCAGCAAGUGUUACGAAAAUUUACCGGAAAAUCUAUCAACAGCAAGAUGUAUGCCUGCUAUCGGAUCGAAACGGAGAAACUCAGUUAAGCAGAACGUUAUUUCACGCAUUAGAAAUUUAAGGAUCCGUUUCCUCCUACCUCAUCGACGUGCCGAUGCGGAAUGCGCAAGUGAUGACUCUCACCACACAAUACAAUGUUAUAACAUUCCAGUAACGAUUUGGUAGAAAGUGAUGCAGUCUGUUGCAUCUCACACAUUCCAUUUUAGAUUAUAUGUUUGAUCAACAACGGUGUCCCAUGGUGCUUUUGCUUAAAUUUAAUAUUUUGCGACACUUCGAUAAGUUUUGUUUGCAUUCGUGUACUUACUACAUUCAACAACAUCGUGUGAUGCAUUCCAACUUGACCAUCCAACGGUAUACCUGCGGCAGUAGUAAUGCGUUUGUCGAGCGUGCACAACCGAAAUGUAUACAUUCCUCCUGCCCUCCUAGCCGAAGUCGACGAUGCCACCAGAACGGUCGGAACCCCUCAACCCAACAAACACAGCAGCAGUAUAUUUAGAUGUAAUGGGAAAAUUUAGCAAAUAAAACGUCCGCGCUUAAGAUGCGGACAGCUCUGGAAGGGUUUCCAACACACAAGAAAAAAAACGAAAAUCAUAUACUCGACGAUGGAGGGCUGCCGUGAGAACGGACCAAUGUACUACUGCUACUACAACACUUCACACUACCACUGUGUUCUUAUCGAAGACAAUUUUACAACUUCGCGCGCAGCACUAUUCAAACUAAACACACAGAGGAAAACCUUUAGCCCGCUUACCAGCUGGGAAAUGUGAAGACCGGUGAACAAAUACUGCCGCCAAUGGCAAACACUCAAACUAAGCAUAGCGAGCAAUCUUUACCCAAAAACUUUAACGGUACCAAUAGCUGACGCAACGCAACACUGAACAACUUUCAAUAAAGCGAAAGUAAAACAAACAAACAAACAAACUAAA